AUGGCCGACGUAGGGAAGAAGUACUGCGUGAACUGCUUGGCAGAUGUAACAAAUUUGCGGAUUCGCUGUGCCGAAUGCCAAGAUAUUGAACUUUGUCCGGAGUGCUUCUCCGCGGGUGCCGAAAUAGGCAACCAUAGGCGAUGGCACGGCUAUCAGCAAGUUGACGGCGGGCGCUUCUCGCUCUGGGGUCCCGAGGCUGAGGGAGGAUGGACCAGCAGGGAAGAGCAGUCGCUGCUCGAUGCUAUCGAGCAAUAUGGAUUUGGAAACUGGGAGGAUAUGGCUGCCCAUGUUGGUGCAUCACGCACCCCUCAGGAGGUCAUGGAUCAUUAUGUGAGCAUGUACAUCCAUGGGAAUCUAGGCAAGGCCUGCAUCCCAGACAGCAUCCCUAACCGUGUGACAGACCAUACAUGCCCCAGUGGAGGUCCGUUGUCCCCAAGUUUGACUACCCCCUUGCCCCCCCUGGACAUAACUGUGGCCGAGCAGCAGCAGCUGGGAUACAUGCCACUACGUGACGACUACGAGAUCGAAUACGACCAAGAGGCAGAGAAACUCAUAAGCGGGCUGUCGGUAAACUAUGAUGAUGAAGAUAUAGAGAUCGAGAUGAAGCGAGCCCAUGUCGACAUGUACGUGCGCAAGUUGCGCGAACGCCAGCGGCGUAAAAACAUUGCUCGAGACUACAAUUUAGUGCCUGGAUUUUUAGGCCGGGACAAAAAAGACAAAGAGCGAGAACGGCCCGGUGGGGCAGGUGCAGUUAUGGGAUCGGGAGGAGUCAUUGGAAUGGGAGGAGGUGCCACAAUCAUUCCGACAGGGUCAUUGGGCACCUGUGCAACAGCGACCCCUAAACGCAAAAUCACCAAGGAGGAGAAGGAGCAGCGGACUAAACUGCGUGCCCUUUGCCAGUUUAUGCCACAUCGAGAGUUUGAGGAGUUUUUUGAUAACAUGCACAAGGAACGCAUGCUGCGGGCGAAGGUUCGGGAACUACAGCGCUAUCGGAGAAAUGGCAUUACGAGACUGGAUGAGUCGGCUGAGUAUGAGGCGGCGCGGCAUAAACGGGAAAAACGGAAAGAGAACAAAAGUUUAUCUGGCUCAAAGAGGGGUAGCAGUGGUGGAGGUGGAGCAGCUGGGAUUGGAGGAGGUGUUGGAACAGGAGGUGGAGUUGGCGGAGGAGUCAGUGCCAUUAAGGAGGAGGGGAAGGACAGUGAGUUCUCAGCCAUUGAAAACUUGCCAGGAUUUGAGCUGUUGUCAGAUCGGGAGAAAGUACUGUGCAAUUCAAUGAACCUUAGUCCGACACGUUAUCUGACCGCCAAGACUAUCAUCAUCAAAGAUCACAUACAGAAAAGACAGGGCAUUCCCUCGAAAAGUCGUCUACCAAGCUACCUAGACAAGGUGUUGAAAAAACGUAUUCUUAAUUUCCUUUCAGAGAGUGGCUGGAUAUCCCGAGAAGCCUCAUAACAACACUGUCCAAAGAUUUGACUGUAAAAUAUUUUUCUACUGUUUUUCUACACCUUUGAGAACAAAAUUACUAUGGUGCCACGUUAUUGGAUGUGUGGACCCUUUUCUUGAUCUCAGAUCUCCUCUUAGGAACAUAAACCUAGUGAAAGUUGGAUAAACAUUACAGGUUUCAAGUGAAUUCUUGGUAGAAGGUACAUAAUUGCUAUAAACAGAGAGCAUUUAGGUAUGUUGUCCUGCGUAAGGCAUCAUACUUUAACAAAACAACACAAUAUUAAAAGCUCAGUCUUCAUAAUGAAUGUAACUUAAAGUAUUUGCAACAUUGAUGAAAACAGAAUGACAUGACCGAAAUGUUAUUUCCAUAAAAAUGCAAAACAAAAUGAAUUAAUUUAAAAGAAUUGCAAUUAUAGUUAAGUUUAAGCCAAACAUUUAACAAGAAUGACAAACAAAUGUUUUCUGACAAUAGAGCAAAAGAAAAUUCCCACAGCUAUAAUGUUGUACAAAGCAGAUAUUUAAAAUUGAAGAAGGUAGUAAGAAGGAAAUUGGGACAAAUAUUCUUGUUCUGCUUGCCAAAAGUCUUAUGUUCAUUUGCCUGUUUCAGUUUGAUAUAUUCCUAUUGUGUUGUGGAAUUGUAAGACACAUGAAGCAUGUUUGAUACCGUCUAAAUGUGUAAUGUUCAUGGGUUGUUUCUUGUUUUGGAGUUGACCUUUGUAAGGUUAUGUUACUAUAGCUUUUUAUUGAGCAUGUUUCGAAAGCUCAUGAUAAAUAGCACAUACCCAGACUAUAUAAAUUAUUAGCUUUAUGCUUGCAUAGAUCCACACUCCUAUUUCAAGAAGGGAAAUUAUAAAAGAUAAAGCUGGCCUAAAUACAGCAUCAAGGGUCAUUAUUUUAAAGUCUAGAUGACCAAAUUGAAAGUUUUAGUUUCCAGACUGACUGUAUGUUAAAACUACGUAGCUACUAACGUUUUCAGAUUUUAAAAUACUUUGACAGGAUCAUUACAUGAUGCCAAAUUUUAAAUCACAGCUGAGAAUUUUUUUUCAUGGAUUUUAAUGUUAUUGUUGCCUGCCUUUGUUUACCCCCAGAAUUUUACAUAGUUUAAAAUGUCUAAUAUAUUAUAAUUCCGUUAGAAUAAAUAGACACCGUUUAACAUGUAGGCCCUUAUUUUGUUUUUAUUUUUUACCCCAUAUGAUCUUUUUGUGUAGUGUAAAUACCAUAUAACAACUAAGAGGUUGCCAUCCAUUAUCAUGAUUUUUUUUACAGAUUUUUUCUUUAGACAUUGGUGUAAAGUCAUAAACCAUUCACAUUUGAGUACAGUCAUCAUAUUUUGUGCCUUUUCGCUUUCAUUUUAUUCCCUCUACAAAUGAUUAUUAUGGGUUGAUCUUCAAGUGCCCGUUUGAUUCUGUGGCUUGUUUCUAACUUCUAUCUAGAUGUUAUGAGACAGGCAUGUGUUAUGACUACAAUAUAGUAUUUAAUAUUGAAAAUCUAUAUUUAUUGAAGAAAAUAAUUUCAUUAAUCUAAAAUAUUGUAGAUGUGGGGACACUUGGAAUGAGGACAUCAAGGGAAAAUAUAGAGGGUCUCUUCUUUUUUAUUGUCUGCCGCUGCCUUUUUGUGUUUUAUAGAUAUUGAGUUAAAAUUUUAAAAAGGGUUAGGCUAGGUGCAAAUACUUUCCUUGAGCUUCAUGGUUACAAAAUAAUAGGAUUCUAAGUCACAAUAAUUUCCAAGUCAUUCUUAAAGUCUUAAGAGUUCAGUGCACAUCCCUUGGAGAAAAGGUAAUGAUAUUUUUACUUAAUACUCAUGCAAAGUAUUGUGCUAUUUCAGGGGUUGUAAUUAUUUUUGCUAAAGUACCUGCAAAUGUGAGUGGGGAAUUGAUACUGAAAAUGUUCCUAACAGUAUCUUAAUUACAUUGUAAAGAGGACAAUGUGACAUUUACAAAUGAUAAGAGGAGACCUGUUUUCUUGGUUGUAACACGUUUGUAAAUUUUUUUUUGGAAGAAUCAUAUUUGUGAAAAUGUUGAAUAUGUGGAAAGAUGUAUUUUAUUGCAUACAUCAUGUUCUCCCAUACUUUGUAAUAAAGUGUUAAAAUAUAAA